GCGGCGAAGCAUUGUAAAAUAAAUUUUCCCACUCCUUCAUCAUGAUAUACCAGCAAAAGUGAUUAUCGAUGAUUUAUUAGAGUCUCUUAAACUUCUUGUAACUUCACUUUGGUGUCAAUGACUUUCUUUUCUUUCUAUAAUCGUAAUGUCAUAGCGUUUGAACUACACAACAUUGAAUCCAAUGGAGAUGACUUAGUACUACAUAAUGCCUUCGUUAAACUGGAUUGUAAUUCCUCACACCAAAAUUCGAGCGAAACACAGCGAAAAUCUUUGAACUUGGAUUGAAAAAGCUGCCAAAGGAUGGGCACUCAACGUGCCAUCUCAGAUCAUGACACCAAAAUCCUUUCUCUUCUCCGAGAACAAAGAACUCAAGGACUUUUCACAGAUGUCAAAAUUUUGUAGUCAGUCCUGGCUUAAACUUACUGAACAACAUUCUCAAACGUCAUGGAUCCAGAAGGCCCAAUACUGUGAAACCUAAGACUCCACACUUUGAAAGGCAGAAGUAUCUUAUUCUAUCGAGGGUGCUCCUUCCUCCAAAUCCAGAGGAGUUUUUACCGCAGUCAAUGAAAUGCCGGCUUAAGCUAGAGAAGGCGCCAAAAGUUAAAGAAGAUAAGCCGUUUGCAGUGUUAAUUGGCCGAAAAAUUUUCAAAAUGUGGGAUGAGGCAAAAAUGAUCCUAGUUUUUCAUCACAAUUCCAUCAAAGGAGAUGAGCAUUAUAAUUAUAGGGUUCAAUUCUAUAGACAGCAAAUGGAAUACAGGAAAUAUUGGUUAAGCAUGGUGAGGCAUGCAUUGAAAGAUAGCAGAUUUGAAAAUGUUCUUCCAAUCUACGGCUAUAACUCAAGCUUUGUGUGCAGUCCAGAAGUUAAGCUGGCAGAAUCUCUCAAGCUACUUACUAAGAUGCCUGGUCUAGUUUUAUUGACUGCAAUAAUCGACAAUAGGAUGCUGAGCAGGGCUGAAAUUGAGAGGUAUGCCUCCAUCGGCAACAUAACCAAUGCCAGGUCGCAAUUUGUUUCGACCCUGAACUCGGCAGGUCAAAGUCUGGUGACUAACACUACAAGCCUUCAACAAAACUUAGUCUCACUCUUAGAUCUUCAUGCCAAGCAGCUAAGUGACUCCAGUCCCUGUCCCCCGAGUCCUGCAGAAUCAUCGAACCUGAUUGACGGUGCAAUUGCUGGAGCAGUGCAGGAUCAUAGCGAUUCCAAACCAUCAGAGGCCUCUGUUCAAGCAUCAGAUAGUACUGAUUCCAAACCAUCAGAGGCCUCUGUUCAAGCAUCAGAUAGUACUGAUUCCAAACCAUCAGAGGCCUCUGUUCAAGCAUCAGAUAGUACUGAGAAAUCCUUAGAAGGAGAGAGUGAAAAGUCGGAAGACAGCUCCUCAAGCAGUAGUGAUUCUGAUUCAGACUCCGAUUCUGAGAAAAAGUAAUGUUGCCAUCUGUAUUUUUUGUACUUAGUGCUGUAAAUGGUUUAUCUCAGGUUGGGGCUCUCCGCAGGCCUCUCGUUGCCUGAGUAUACAAGAGUCUGAAGACAGGCUAUUCAAAGCUCAUCAUAAAAAUGUCAGGCAAAUGAAAUGAUCAAGAAUGAAUCGGACAACUCCACAAGCUGCAGUUGAUGUUACUUUGCUUUUAAUAUGCCGAUAAUUCAGUAUUAUAACAGGCAAGGAGUUUUUUACUUUCUCUACACUCUUUCCAGUGUAGUAAAAUUUACCAUUUUCCCAAGUUAUGUUUCAGAAGUUAUUUGCCUCUAAUUGAAUCUGACCGAUGAUGUGAUAACUAAGCAUUUCUUUCAGCUUUUUGUUAAGUUUUUCUGGCAUCUUUAACCUUUGACAUAGAAAUUGAUGAUAAAAAGUGCUGAAAUAGAUUUCUCUGAAUCACAUCAAUGGUCAGGUAACGUUUAAAAAAGGGAAAGAAAUCUUUAAAACCCGAAAAAGAAUUGUCUGUUUCUUCAUUAAGUAAGCAAACUAUAUUAAAGCAUAACUUUCUCUGAGGAAUUGCUUCAAGUACUCAAUGCUUGUUAUCCACCUCAUGAAAGUUGCUGAACUCCGUGAGCUGCAUACAAGAUUACAUUUUCAGAAAAAUUAAAGUAACUUCUACCUUUUUAUACAUAGAAAUUAUCUCUGAAAAUGCAAAUGAAUUGUUUUUUAUUUUAUGUUAUUAAAGAAAACUUGACGGACA